AUGGGUCCCCGCGACGACGGCGGGGAUCCGCAGAGCACAGGCGGAGGCGCAACGCUGUGGGGGAAGCUGGAGGAGACAUGCAGGUGUGUGGUGGGGGGAAGGAGAGGGGGUUGGGGGAAUGGUGGGGAAGAUGGGUUGGGGGAAAGGGGAGGGGGAGGUGGUGCCGCUGCUGUCGAGAGGCAGUUCGUGUCGCUGCUGCAGCAGGGGAAGCCAGUCGCCGUGGCCUUUACCUUCUCGCACACGUGUGGAUGGGCAGGUCGUGUCGCUGCUGCAGCAGGGGAAGCCAGUCGCCGUGGCCUUCACCUUCUCGUGAGUGCCCUUCAGCUUUUCACGUCUCGUGAGUCCCUUGCUUGCACCUUCACCUUCGCGUGGUGCUGGUGCCUUGGUGCUGCUGCUGAAACGCACCAGCAACGUUGGUGGUGCCGCUGUUAUGGGUGGGCAGCUCGUGUCGCUGCUGCAGGAGGGGAAGCCAGUCGCCGUGCUGUGCACCUUCUCGUGAUUCUGGCGGAGUCUCGUCUGUUGCAUCAGGAGGCAGUUGUGGGUGGGCAGUUCGUGUCGCUGCGGCAGCAGUGGAAGGCGGUCGCCGUGGUGUGCACCUUCUCGUGGGUCUCGCGUUUGCAAGAAGUCCUAUUCAAUUCAAUACACAAGGGAAUGUCUUUUGCUGGAUCAGGCACACACGUGUGGGUGGGCAUCUCAUCAGCAUUCCCUUGUUCGUCCCGGAGCUGUGCACACACGCGUCAUUUCGAUGAGGUGUUUCGACAAGCGUCAGCUGAUCUCCACCCCUAUGUGAACUUCAUCCGGGUGGAUUGCCCCAAGCACCUUGGCUUCUGCAUCGCUCGACAGCGCAAGGACUACCCCUUUAUAGAGGUCUUCUAUAACUCCAAAGAGGCGCAGCCGCAGCGGGACCCGACCCCCCCUGCGGGAGGAGGUGCAGGAGCAGCAGGAGUGGUUCGCUACAGUGUCAUGGUUCUGCCUUACAACUACGACGUUAGCACUUAUGGUCAUGCUGACAGUCAGUGCAACAUCAAUCACUCUCGCCAUUGGUCAUCAAAAGGGGCUGUGCGUGCUUCUAGAUUUCCCCAUUCCGAGCGUUUUUCUCCCUCGAAGCAAGCAGCCCUCGCGUCGCUCUCUCCCAAUACGCCCCUCGCUGAACCAACCGACACCGCCGCCGCCGCCGCCGCUCCCGGAGAUGCUUCUGCUGCUCCGGCGGGAGCGCGACCAAUCCCCACGGAUGUUCCAGCGAUUCCGCACCUGACCGCGCUUCACGGCGCAAGUGGCGCUGCGAGCGACUACGGGUCGUCGCCCGAGAGUUCGCAGUCGUUCAUGUUCAAGCGAUGCCAUUACUUCGCACGCGGAUUCUGCAAGCACGGCAGCGCGUGUCGCUUCCUGCACGCGUCGCACGGCCAGUCGGCGACGGCGCCCGUGUCGUCGCCGGGGUCGCCCAGUGCGACGAGCUCGGACGGCAUGAUGGCGGCUGCGACUUACCCCGAGCCGCAAGGCUCGGAAGAGACUGCUGCUUUGAGCUGCACGGCCGCGAGCGGCGGCGGCGGCGGCGACGAAGGAUCUGGUGGUGAUGCCAGUAACGGCGGUGACGGUGGAGAUUCCUUUUCUGGCAGUAACACCGCAACCGGCGGUGGUGGCGGCGGUGGCGGCGGCGACGGUAGCGGUACUGGUGUGGCCGGGUCUCCUGUUGGCGGGCUUGCGGGCGGCAGCCUGGGUUCUGCGGCGGGUUUCACGCUGGAGCGGCUCGAGGCGGAGCUUUACGAGCUGCUUAGAGACCACAAGGGGCCCAUCCACGUGGCAUCGCUCCCUCAGCUAUACGCGGAGCGGUUCGGGAAACCUUUGCAAGCGGAGGGGUACUUAACAGAGAGCCAGCGGCAGGGGCGGCCCGGACUAAGUCUAACUAAGUUACUCGCGCAGAUGAAAUCAUCGAUCGCGUUCGUCGAUAGGCCGAGCGGGCAGCGCGCGAUCGUUCUAAAGGGGUCGCCGAUUUUGGAGGAAUCGAAGAAGUUUAUAACGUUUAAGGAGCGAGCGGAUUUGGCGCCGCCUAGUCCGGGGUCGCGACAAAUUUAUCUCACUUUCCCCGCUGAGAGCACAUUCACGGAGGAUGACGUGGCAGCUCAUUUCAGCAACUUCGGGCCCGUGCACGAGGUGCGCGUGCCGCAUCAGCAGAAGAGCAUGUUCGGCAAGUUCGGGCCCGUGCACGAGGUGCGCGUGUUGCAUCAGCAGAAGCGCAUGUUCGGGUUCGCUCCCCCUAAUCUUUCCGCUUUUCCCCCUCCCUUCAUUCCCCCUGCGCGCAGCAAGUUCGGCCCUGUCCACGAAGUCCGCGUGCCGCAUCAGCAGAAGCGCAUGUUCGGAUUCGUGACGUUCGCGUUCGCGCACAGCGUGAAAGCAAUUCUCGAGGAGGGUAACCCGCACCACAUCGGCGGCUCGCGCGUCCUCGUCAAGCCGUACCGCGAGAAAUCGCGCCACGGCAGCGCCGCCGCCGCGCACGGGGACCGGAAGACGCGCACGGGUGUGGACCGCGGUUCGCAAGUGUCGCCCGCGAAAGGCGCCAUGGAGCCAUAUUCGGGUGAUAUGAUCGUUGUGUUUGGAAUCGCCUCGGCUGUUGCGGCUGCUGCUGCUGCAGCUGCUUCUGCGGCUGUCUAUGACACACCGCCCAGGCGCAAGAGCCUGUAUCAGUCACUGUCGUUUCGGGAGGCAGCUUCGCAGCAGCUUCCACAGCAUGCGUGGCAGCACCGGCAGCAGCAGCAGCAGCAGCAGCACUAUCACCACCAUCAGCAGCAGCUGCACCAGGAAGAGCAGCAGGGAGGGCAUGAGCAGUGGCAGGUGCGGCUGCAGCAGCAGCAGCAGCAGCAGCGGCAAGAGGAGCAGCAGCAGCAGCAGCAGCAGCAGCAGCAGCAGCAGGGGGCAAGCGCUGAGCAAUGGCAGGUGCGGCAGCGGCUGCAGCAGUGGCAGCAGCAGCAGGAGGAGAGCGCUCGGCAGUCCCUAGGGCUGGGCGGGAUCGCCCUGGGAGACGUGGGACGUGCGUUUUCCGGCAGUGACGUGGAUGCCUUGCGGGGUGCAAGGGGCGUGGGGGGAAUGGGAUUGGGCGGCAUGGGGGGCAUGGGGGGCAUGGGGGGCAUGGGGACCGUAGGGGGGGCGGAAGGAGGCGUGGACGAGCAGCUCUUCAAGCCGUCCCAUCUCAGCGUCGCUUCUUCCUCUUUCUCCUCCUCCUCCCUCUCCUCAGGCUUUACCGGUUUCUCCUCCGCUCGCACUCCCAUGGAUCACUCUUUCUCCUUCGCCUCCUCCUCCCUCUCGUCUCUCUCCUCGCUCCCCGGCUAUGGCGCCACUAGCACCGCUACCGGCACUACAGCCCACUUCCCACACGGCGAUGCAGGGCCCGAGGGCCUUCCAAAAACGCCCACACACCGACAGCUCGAUGACGUCUUCGAUCUGCACUCGCUUCUCCCUGACAGCCCUUUCACGUCUCCCUUGAUGACCAGCACUGCCAGCACCGCCAGCACCAUCGGCAUCACUAGAGACAAAAACCAAGACCGCCUGCCGCCCGCUGCUGCGCUCACAGCUGGCUCCGCCGCAGCAUGGGACGACACAGACCGCCCGGAACCCGUCCCUUCCUCGUCCUCUUCUGCAUCUUCUGCCGCCCUCUCUAGGUUCUUCAACCCGCCGCUUUCGACCGUUCUUGCCCCUCCCCCUCCCCCUCCUCCACCACCACCUCCCCUUCCUCUGGAUCACCUUCAUAUUCAGCAUCAGCAGCAUCAGCAGCAGCAGCAUCAGCAGCAGCAAAUUUUGCCUGUUGCCACCCGUCGGGCCUCGUUCGGUGGGGUUUCUACUGCUGCUGCCUCCUCCCUUGCUCCUGCUGCUCCGUUUUCUGCAAGUGCCUUCCUCCCUGUCGGCUCUAUACAGCAGCAGCAGCAGCAGCAGCAGCAGCAGGUCUCAGGCACUUCGUCCCUGUGGGGACACACAGUGGGGCCAGAGGCAGCAGCAGGGAACGCAGCGAUGCAGCUAACUGCUUCUAUUGGGGAACUCAGUAUGGGGGAUACACAGCAGCAACAGCAGCAGCAGCAGCAGCCGCAGGAGGAGCAUGGGAGGGUCGUGGCGAGUGUGUGGGGCCACACCUGCGAUUCCUGCUCUGAAGCGGCCUACACCAUGCAGCUGGCAUGCGGGCACUACCACUGCAGCAAGUGCGCCCCGCAGGUGAGAAGGAAGGGGUUGAGAGGGGUUGGAGGUGGUUGGAGAGGGGGCUGGAUGGGGCUAGGGGGGAUUCCAGAGGUGCAUUUUAUCUCCUUUGUGGGUCCCUCGUCGUGGUGUGUUGUGUGUCAGCACACCGCCUACCAGCCGCCUUCCUUCGAUGCUCAGACCCCUCGUCGUGGGUCCCUCGUCGUGGUGUGUUGUGUGUCAGCACACCGCCUAUCAGCCCCCUUCCUCUUACCUCGUUGCACAAACUUCGUGGAAGGUUCCCUCUCAAGAAUCUGCAUGGAAGGUUCCUGCUCAGGAAGCUGCCUGGAAGGUUGCUUCGUUGCAGCUGCAGCCACGCAGCAACAGGUCUCCGUCCUGGUGAGAGGAGCAGCCAGGAGGAGACAGGACGAGACAGGAGGAGACAGGAGACAGGAGGAGACAGGAGGUGAUAAGAGGAGACAGGAGGUGAUAAGAGGAGACAGGAAGAGGUGA